AUGGAUCGCGAUUAUAGUCGGAGCAUCUCGACUUCCUCUAGGCAUGCCCUUAUCAACAGCCUUUCAAACCCAUCAUUCAGCCAACGGGCGCAUAAAGGUAACAAGGCCGAGGGCUCAAAGUAUCCUCGUGGUAUACCGUUAUUUCUCAACCUUCUUUCAAUAAUACUAGCAACUAUAGUAUGCGGCUAUGACGCUAAUUGCGUGACGACUAUUAUCCCGGUUGUGACGGACAGAUUCAACUCACUCAACGACGUUGGCUGGUAUGGUGCUGCCUUCUUACUGGCUUCGGCAUCUUCACAACUCUUCUACGGAAAAUUAUAUCUUUUUCUCCCAGCUAAGAUUGUCUUCUCUACCGUUGUCUUCACAUUCGCCGUAGGGAGCCUCAUAUGCGCCGUUGCGCCUAAUAGCAGUUCAUUCAUCGUGGGCCGCGCCAUCUCUGGCUUGGGAAGCGCGGGAAUAUUAGCUGGUACAAACAUUAUCAUAUCUCGGUGUGUACCAAUUCGAUUGCGACCAGUCUACUCCAGCAUUAUUGGGGCGAUUGAAUGCCUGGCCAUCUCGAUUGGGCCAUUGCUCGGCGGCGCGAUAGCAGAGACUUUGGGAUGGAGGUGGUGCUUUUGGCUUCUUCUACCCCUUGCAGGCCUAACUAUUGUUAUUACAAUACUCUUCUUGGGCAACGAAGAAAGCCCCGAACAAUCAACAUUGACUCUGAAAGAGAAAAUUCGCCGCCUCGACUUACCCAGCCUCGCGCUGUUUAUACCAGCCAUUGUGUGUCUGAUCUUGGCACUUCAGUGGGGUGGAACUUAUUAUGCUUGGAGCAACUGGAAGGUCUUUGUGCUGUUUAUAAUCUCCGGAUGCUUUCUCUUUGCCUUCGGGGUUAACCAAUACCGGAAAGGAGAGGAGGCCACUGUGCCUCCUAGAAUAUUUUUUACUAGGACUGUUCUCUUUGGAGCUUUUUAUUCCUUUAACACUUCUGGGGCGCUGUAUGUUGCGGUAUAUUAUCUCCCAAUUUGGUUUCAGGCAGUGAAAGGAGCCUCGCCAUUCAGCAGCGGCGUUCGCGGUCUUCCGCUGGUAUUGUCUCUAGUGGUUUCUAUCAUAAUCUCAGGGAGCAUAACUAGUAUCAUCGGCUACUAUACUCCAACCAUGUGUCUUGGAUCCAUAUUGAUGGCGCUUGGCGCAGGCAUGCUGACAACGUUCCGCGUCGACACGCCAAUGACAUUAUGGAUUAUAUACCAAAUCAUCUUUGCCCUCGGCAUUGGGCUCGGGUUUCAGCAGCCUAUCAUCGCUACCCAAACGAAUUUCUCAGGAAAGGACCUUCCGAUUGCCCUAGUGCUGGUCAGUUUUAUACAAAACUUGGGAGGGAUUGUAGCCCUUUCUUCCGCACAAAACAUUUUCACGAAUCAAUUAAUGUAUAACCUACACAAAGCGGCGCCAAAUAUUGACCCAAAGCUCGUUCAAAAAGUUGGAGUACUAACUCUAAAGCUGAGCUUUACUAAGAAGGAGUUAAAUGAGAUACUUCCAGCUUAUAACCUCUCUAUCACCCAGACACUUUUAGUGGCAACUGUUAUGGCUUCAGUAACAGCGAUUGGUUGCUUUGGUAUUCCUUUGUGUUCGGUAAAAGGCAAGAAUACUACAGAGGAUGAAGCAUAG